CAAUCCCAAAAGCCUUCGCAAUCUGCCAAAUCCAUGUCUCUUUGGUCUGGUGGAUCUCAGUUUACAACACUUGAAAAAUUUGUUCAUAAGGCAAAGUGCAUUCCUUUGAGUCAAUUCUGCAAAAUCAAACAAGACAUGUUAUGUGUUACUGUUGGAACUACCACGAAAUUUUAUGUAUCCAACCAUGGUUGGUUUUACUAUGGAUGCACAAAGUGCUCUGUGAAGGCUACUGAUUUGAACAAUCCAUACCAGUGUGUGUGUGGCGAAAAUGUUCACAAACCCAUACCAAGGUACAAAGUUGAUAUAUAUGUUUAUGACGGUGAAUCAAAGUUCCGGUUUGUAUUUUGGGAUGCCGACUGUGAGCAGAUUAUAGGACAAUCUGCUGAUAGCAUGCAUAAAUCAAUGUUAGAGAAUGGUGAAGAUGAUCCCAUGGUUUAUCCUGACGAGCUUGACAUGUUGUUGGAGAAGAAAAUGGCUUUGAGAGCUAAAGUACAGCCAACCUUUGGGCAAGCAUCUGUUUGGAAGUUUUCUUAUGAUGAAGAAUUUGUCAGUCAAAUUGAAAAGGAUUAUAUUGCUGAUGAGGUUUUUCAGUUUAUAGUAAUCCGCUUGAAUAUCUUAAAUUAACUGAAAUCCAACUGUAUUAAUAAUAUCCUAUUGUAUAAUACAGGCUCAUAG